AAAUUUCAGUUUGUCUUUUCAUUAUUCCAUAUGCCAGUGUUGACUCGUCCACUUCACGGAUCUCUAUAAAGCCAUCGGCCACUUCCUCCCUUUUCUUUGUGACAAAAUCCUCCGCCCCUUUCUUUGUCUACACCCCAAUAUGACAUCCUCCACCGUCGACCAAAGCGGCGGCGCCCCGAUCGCCGCCCUCCAUCCAGAAGUCCUCCGGACGCACGUCCUCACCCGCCUCGACGGCCCCACUCUCGCCUCCACGGCCUGCGCUUCCUCUCUUUUCCGCGCACUCUCCGCCGACGACGAACUCUGGCGUCACAUCUGUCGCGCCACAUGGCCCUCCGUUGAUUCCCCACGUCUGCGCCGCCUCAUCUCCUCCUUCCCCUCCGGCCACCGCUCCUUCUUUUACGACUCCUUCCCCCUCCUCCACCACCACAACCUCGACGGAGCCCCGCCGACAGAUCCCCGCCAUUCAUCGUCUCACCCAUCCCAACUAAUAUCAGCCGUCGAUAUUCACUACCAGGACAAACUCGUCCUCUCCAGAGUUGUCGAGACCGAUACCGGUACCGGCUGGUUCCGGUGCCUCCCCUUCAGAAUCGACCUCUUGAAACAAGAGGAACGCGUUCCGAUUCCGGUAAAAUUCGGGACUGGUGGCGACACGUGUCGGUCGCAGCUGGAGGAGAACUUGAUCGUGAGCUGGAUCGUGGUGGACCCGACCCGCAACCGGGCGGCGAACCUCUCGAGCCGGAGGCCCGUUUCUGUGCAGCGGCUGUUGUGGUCGGGGGAGGUGGAGGUGCGGUACGCGACGGCUGUGGGCGGCGGUCGGAAGGGGUCGCCGGCGGAGUGGGUGGAGUUGGGGGUGGUGGUCACGUGCGGGGGGAAGGAGGGAGGGGGGGCGCACAUGAGGGAGGUGAGGGUGCAGGUGGAGGACAUGGAGGGGAGGGUAUUGAAGGGGAAGGACAGUAUGGUAAUUUUGAGGGAGGCCAUGGAGAUGGGGAAGAGGAAGCUGAGGGGGGAGAUAAGGGAGAGGUAUGAGGAGUUCGUGGAGAAGAGGAGAGAGAGAAGAGAGGGAGGGGAGAGGAUAGAGAGGAUGUGGGAUAUGGCGUGCAUGGGUUUUGGGUUUUUCUUUUUUGUUGUUCUUUGGUGGUUCGUGGUGUUCAGUUUCGGAUGAAAAUACGUUGGAUUUACCGUUAUUAUAGUUAAUUUGUGUGUACUAUAUUAAUUUAAAAUGAAGAUAAAUAGGUAUAGAGAGGAGAAUAUGUUUGAUUUGUUUAUUAUCAUUUUUGUAUUUAUUUUAGUUUUGACUUCUGUAAGUGAACAAGCGAGUUACGAUUAAUAAUGUAUUUGUUCGUGCUGUCAA